AUGUUUCUGGUCUCCGAUGGAGAUGGCGGGGUCAUCGAAGAAGUCGACUACACGAAAAUCGCACGACUUGCUGGUAUCAGCAUGGGCAAUGAAUCAGAAGUGGUAUCUGAGCUAUGCAAAGAGCAGCUCCGAAUAAUUCUUCGAGAAAAGCUGCGAACCGGAGAGCAACUGCCACCAGCUGUUCUUGUUCUCCUAUGCAUUCCAGCUGUUAUAAUCAUUCUUCUCACAGUAUUCGGUAAUCUACUGGUACUAUUCUUCAAAGCGAGAGUUGGUCGAACUAACACCACACUUCUCGUAUGGAAUCUAGGUCUCACUGACUUUCUCGUUGGUGUCAUUGUACUCCCUAUGGGAGCUGUUUAUUUGAUUUAUCGAAAAUGGAUAUUCGGACGGUUUUUAUGUCGAUUAUGGGUUGCAGCUGAUGUGACAUUUUGCACGUGUUCUGUGGUAACAAUAUGUGUAAUAUCUGUGGAUAGAUAUCUCGCAGUGACAAGACCACUUCGCUAUAAAAGUAUUGUAACUAAAACGAAAGUUAUCACAGUGAUGACUAUCAUUUGGGUAUUCUCAUCAUCAAUUCUACUGACAACUGUUCGAUGGGAGCAACCGGAAUGUUAUGAUGAUUCUCUCUGCUUCGUUGGAAACGAAAUUCGACAUUUGGCUCACAGUGUCGUCUUCGCUUUCUUCCUUCCAGCUUCAGUCACUUUAACUCUCUAUUGGAGAAUCUACAAACUGGCGAGGAACCGUCAGAAGGCGUUGGAUCGCGGAUUUCUCAUGAUUCUCGGCUCAAACAUGAACUUUCUCACGAACACACUAAGUCAGCAGACAACACUUCGUGUACAUUUCGGGAAAACAAACGGGAUGGUUGAGCAUCAGCGGCGAGUUCUUAGGACACACGAGAGGAUUGCGAAGACGUUAGGCGUUGUUUCGUGUUCCUUCUUGUUUUGCUGGCUCCCAUUUUUCGGGUUAUACCUAACAAACUACAAAUGUUCGGGUUGCAUUCCACCAAUCGCUAUCGACGUGGCAAGUUGGUUAGGCUACUGUAACUCAAUGUUGAAUCCAAUUAUCUACUCAUUCACUGUCAAAGAGUUUAAACGAUCAGCGUUUCGACUAGUCGUUCCAAUUUGGCAGUUCGUGAAUCGAUGUUUGCCAUUCGUGCCGGCUCCACCCGACAAUAUUUUGCAAAGGAUUGCAAGACAUGUUCAUAGGCAUAAGGAGAAGGAAAUGCAAACAAGGCAUCGAUCAUUCGAGAUGUCUUCGAACAAAAAUGGAAUGCUGACAACAAAAGUUCGCUCAAAGCGGAGGCAAACAGAGCCGAAUGUUGUCGGAUUGAUCACUCCCGAUCAUAAAGAGUUGCAGUUUUUGAAGAUUCUAGAUACGGAUUUCAAGCUCUCCGAUGCCUUCUACUGUCAAAACUGUGAGCUUCGAAGAAAACUUAAAACUUCAUUCUAUCCAGAGUGA